UGGUUGUGGUGGGGGCUGUGACAUAAUAAUUUAAAAUGGCGCAGCGACGCCAUCUGACGUCACAACAUGUGUUGUUAAAUUAAGAGACGCGCCGACAGUGUUUUGUUCGGCGCGGUCCAAGGCGACUGCGAUUUAUUUUCCUUAUUGGUUUUAUUUCGGGGAAAUAAUAUGACUCGAUACACACACGCCGACUUCACAGACGAUGAUAGUGUAAAUAGUGUACAGUUAACCGAAGGUAUAAGCACCAGUGCGACCCAUAUACGGUACCAUGCCGGCACCAGCAUAUGGAAACAGCGCACGAUGCUCGAAAAGGCCCUUCUGGUCCUCAUAGCAACCUUAUUCUUCGUAAUUGUAGUUUUAACAAUCAUUCUCCAUUCGGCGGAGCACCGGAUACACGAAUCCAGGAUAAUUCAUGUGCAAUCUGGCGAUAACCUCCCCUGCUUGAACAAAUCGUGCGUCCAAAUCGCCAGUAACAUUUUAUCAGCGAUGGACUUGUCUGUUGACCCCUGCCAGGAUUUUUACUCCUACUCUUGCAAUGGCUGGGUCAAAGCCAACCCGAUCCCCGACGGUAAAAGCACCUGGGGCACGUUUAUGAAGCUGGAGCAGCAAAACCAGCUCGUUAUUAAACACGUCCUUGAGCAACCAAUCGAAAAUCUCAAAUCCAAGGCUGAGAAAAAGGCCAAAAUGUACUACGAGUCCUGUUUGGACGUUAAUGACACUGUUGAGGACUUGGGGGCGGAGCCAAUGCACGCCCUCCUCAAAAAGCUGGGAGGGUGGAGUAUCACCGACAGUGGUUUUAACCCGAAAAAUUGGUCGUUCCAGCAUUUGGUUCAAAUGGUGCAAAAUAAAUAUAAUGUUGGGGCGUUAUUUUCGUAUAUGGUGGGGGAGGACGAUAGAAAUUCCUCAAGGUAUAUACUGCAGAUUGAUCAGAGUGGGCUGACGUUGCCCACGAGGGAUUAUUACCUGAAUGAGAGCGAACAUUCGAAGGUUUUGGAGGCCUACCUUGAUUAUAUGACCAAAGUUGGGGUUUUGCUAGGGGGGGAGGUGAACUCGACCAAAGAACAAAUGCAAGCUGUGAUAGAUUUUGAGACUAGAUUAGCAAAUAUUACGACACCGAAUGAGAUGAGGAGGGAUGAAGAGUCGCUCUAUCAUUUGAUGACGUUAGCUGAGCUCAGGCAAAGGGCCAAGUUUUUGGAUUGGCGGGCUUUUUUCGAAAAUGCGAUGAAAAUCGUGGGGCGGAAGGUGAAUCAGAAGGAAAAAGUCGUAGUGUACGCGCCUGAGUAUUUAGAAAACUUAUCAAGUCUGAUCAAAGAGUAUCAAAGUACGCCCGAGGGCAAUAUCACUUUAAACAAUUAUCUGGUUUGGCAAACCGUUCGCGUGUUUACUGGUUGUCUCUCGAAGGCCUUUCGAGACGCCUACAAGGGCCUGAGAAAGGCUCUGAUGGGCUCAGAGGGCGGUGAAGAGCCCCAAUGGCGGUACUGUGUCCAAGACACAAAUAAUGUUCUGGGUUUUGCGAUUGGUGCUAUUUUUGUUCGCGAAGUUUUUAAUCUCGAUUCGAAGACACAAGCUGAGGAAAUGAUCAAUAAUGUGAGGAACGCCUUCAAGGCUAAUUUUGCCAAACUCAAGUGGAUGGAUGAGGAUACGAGGAAGGCGGCUGUGAUCAAGGCGGACGCGAUUUCGGACAUGAUCGGUUACCCCGAGUUUAUCCGCGACCCCAAGCAACUUGAUGACCGUUACGACCGCCUGGAGGUCCGCAGCGACACCUACUUUGAGAACAACCUCAACAUCAACUUUUACAAUUUACGCAAAAACUUGGAAAAAAUCCGCGAACCCGUCAAUAAAACAACCUGGAGUAUGGCCCCUUCCACGGUCAACGCCUACUACACCCCGACCAAAAACCAGAUGGUCUUCCCUGCCGGCAUCCUCCAGAACCCCUUCUACGACCCCACGUUCCCCCCCAGCCUGAACUACGGGGGCAUGGGUGUCGUCAUGGGCCACGAACUCACCCAUGGCUUCGACGACCAAGGCCGCGAGUUUGACAAAGAUGGUAACUUGAACCAUUGGUGGAAGAACAAGACCAUCGUCUUGUUCAAAAACCGGACAAAAUGCGUCGUGGACCAGUACAAUAAAUACACCAUCAACGCGAAAAACGUCAACGGGAAUCAAACUUUGGGCGAAAAUAUUGCCGAUAACGGUGGUUUAAAGGCGGCAUAUCACGCCUAUCUGACUCUGAUGAAGGAUCGGCCGGAGCCCGAAACGCUCCCAGGGCUCACUUUGAACCACAAGCAACUUUUUUUUGUGGCGUUUGCCCAAGUUUGGUGCUCGACGGUGACCAAGGAGGCCAUGUCCUUGCAAAUUGAGAAAGAUUCGCACUCUCCGGCCAGGUUUAGGGUCAUUGGGGCUCUGAGCAAUUUGAGGGAGUUUGGGGAGGUGUUCCAGUGCCCGGCGGGGUCGCCCAUGAACCCCAAAAACAAGUGCGAGGUGUGGUAGGUUGUACCUGAUUUUUCUAAGGUGAGUUGGGGGCGUUGGCAAUUUCUGGAUUAAUUAAAUCAAGUCCUCAGCAAAAUUUACGAAAAAAAUGGUCAAAAAAAUCAUCAAAAAUUGGGCAAACAGUCCCCAACUCACCCUGUUUCGUAGCUGAAGUUUCAGUUUCCAUAUCAACUUAUUUACAUGGACGUGUAUGGUUCUUGUCCUUGUUUGUGUAAAUUUGUGUACCUAUAUUUUUACUGUGAUAACGAGAAUAAACGUAAAUAUUUAGACAAA